AUGACGGGGAAACAUACUGCCGCAUCGACAGCACGGGCUGAUAAAAAACCAAACACGCAGACAGAACUACAGGACAAGCAAACAGACAGACAGGAGGAAGUGACGGACGCACUUAAAAAACAGUCAGACAAUUGGACAAGACGUCCGAGCAAGGACGAACUGAGGAUGACUGGGUCACCCUCAAAGGAUGAGCUCUUGGCCUCCAGCCAAGAAACAGUUGAGGGCAAAGCUGUGGGCCAAAGUACGCCAACAACUAAAAAUCAACCAACAACAUCCGCUAAAGCCAUGGGGAUUCGAAAAAACGAGACCAAAGGUAAAGUUCAUCCCAAAGAUGAGACCGACAAGGCAAGAUGUCAAAAGGUGGUUGAUGAAUACUUGGCAUUCCAAGCCGAAAACAGGACAGAUGCCAAAAAACGAAACCGCUCGCAUGACGAAACUGGGAAGGUAACAAAGAAGCACAAGAUAUCGGAUCAGGUCGCAGUUGCCUCCAAACCUAUCAAGCGAUUUAGUGAGGUGGCACGGAACCAUCUUCAAAUGGCAUUGGUAGACGAAACCUCGAACCGCGGAAAACCAGUUCUUGACAAAUGGUCAGAGAUUGAGGCACGGUUGUCUCGCAUAGUCGUUGACUAUGUCAUGGCGAGCCCGGAGGGCCAAACACCAGGUUUCGACUCGGUGGAGGUAGUCCGCGGUUACCGUGCCAUUAAAUGCGAUGACCAAUUCUCACUGCAUUUUCUGACAAACGUGAUUGGUAAAAUCCAGAACAGCUGGGAAGGCUUGAAACUCAAGUUAAUUCCGGCUAGCGAGAUUUCACGAAUGCAGAGGGCUCGCAUCUGGGUACCAAACAUGGAGUUUGAAGCCAAUCAACUAACCCCCUACCUUCAGGCGCAUAAUCGCUCGGUGUCGAAAGCGGAGGCUCCGCAAAGGCACAGCAGGUCUUUCCUCCUUCUAAUUACAGAAGAGAGUCUGGAACCACUGGAGAAAGUGGGAAAAAAACUUCGGUUUGGCAUUAGGAAGAUCCAGCUGAAGAUAUUCCGUUCUGCAAACCCGGAAGAGGAGCAGGAUGAGGUCGAUGGUGCCAACGAACUGCUGACUGGCAUGCAGCUAGAUGACACCGAGUCCGAAAAAGGAAACCAAUAA